GUCUGGUCCCUACGUUUAGGUCAUUUUCAAGAUGGCGACCUCCAUGAGUAAUGUUUCGCUUCCAAUUCACAAGUACAAAAAAGACAUUCUCAAGGCCAUACAGAAUUCACAAUCACUUGUGAUUGUUGGUGAAACUGGAAGCGGAAAGUCAACACAACUUGCUCAGUUCCUUUAUGAAGCAGGCUACGGCAAACAUGGGCUGGUGGGCGUUACUCAGCCCAGACGUGUGGCGGCCAUCUCGGUGGCAUCCAGGGUGGCAGAUGAAAUGCAGUGCACCCUGGGACACACAGUGGGCUAUCAGGUGCGUUUUGACGAUCGCACAUCCACAGACACUGCUAUCAAGUAUAUGACAGAUGGAUGCCUGCUCAGGGAGUUUCUUGAAGACAAGGAGCUGAGUCGAUACAGCGUCAUCGUACUGGACGAGGCUCAUGAACGAAGCUUAGAUACGGACAUCCUAUUUGGUUUAGUCAAGCAACUCUUCCUCAGUUCCCAAACUCCAUCCUCCAAAAGGAGGCGACACCCAUUAAAGGUCAUCGUCAUGUCGGCGACCCUUGACCAGGGCAAAUUCUCUGACUUUCUGGGCGGCUGUCCGGUCUUCGAGAUUCCCGGCAGGCUGCACCCGGUCAAGAACCUCUACUGCGAUAUGAUCGAGGAGAGCGACCUGAGGAGAGAUCUGACUGUCAAUUAUGUCACCAAGGUUGUUGACACGGUUCUGGACAUCCACUUGGAGCAGAAGACAGGCGACAUCUUGGUCUUUUUGACCGGCCAGGCGGAGAUCGAGAAAGCCUGCGACACCAUCUUUGAGAAAUCAGAGAAGAUCGAUUAUCGCCACGACGUCAGGGACCCAGCAGUUGAAGCCCUCAUGGUUUUGCCUGUGUAUGGAUCCAUGGCAACUGAUGCGCAGAGGCGGAUCUUUCUUCCCCCGGAGCCCGGCGUUAGGAAGUGCGUGGUUGCUACCAACAUUGCAGGGACGUCAUUGACAAUUGACGGCAUCAAAUAUGUUGUGGACAGCGGUUUUGUCAAGCAGUUGUCUUUCAAUCCUCGGACAGGGCUGGACGCUCUUCAGAUUGUCCCCAUCUCAAGAUCGGAGGCAAUACAAAGAUCAGGUCGAGCUGGCAGAACAGCGCCAGGCAAGUGCUACAGAAUAUACACCAAGGGUUUUUACGAGAAUGCUAUGUCGGAGGAUAUGACGCCUGAGAUCCAGCGCACCAGUUUGACCAGCGUUGUGCUGAACCUAAAAUGUAUGGGAAUCCACAACAUACUCGAGUUCCCAUACGUUGAUACCCCGGGAGAGAGAAUGCUGUUAGAAGCACUUAGACAACUGUACUACUUUGGUGCCAUUGACAAAGACGGUCGUAUCACUUCCUUAGGGCGGCUGAUGGUUGAGUAUCCUCUCCCGCCAGGCCUAGCCAGAGCCGUGAUCUACUCUGGCGCCCUCAAGUGUCAGGAGUUGAUGCUACCAAUAGCCGCCAUGUUGUCUGUGGAGAAUGUCUUCAUAAGGCCAGGAGACGCAGCCAAACAGAAGGAAGCGGCUAAGGCCCACGCAGUGCUUGCAGAGACGGCGGGAAGCAGCAAUGACUUUGCUACCCUGCUGGCUGUAUACAGAAACUACACAGACAGUGACUCUCCCGCAUCGUGGUGCAGAAAGAACUACAUCCAUUUGAGGGCAGUCAAGAUGGCCGCCAGCAUCCACAAACAGCUGGAAGGCAUCUUGAACAGACAAAUGAAGACUCCAAAUUUUCCCAAGGAGAGAGUGUCGUCGAGCUCCACCCAUGGCGAUUUGUUGGGUCGGUCCCUGUGUGCAGGGCUCUUCUGUAACGUUGCCAGGAAGUCGACUUCGGGGCGAGGUUUUCGCACCAUGGAAGGACACGGCACGGCGGUCUUUAUUCAUCCCUCCUCCCAGUUGUUUGGUCGGGAUGACCUUGACUGGGUCAUAUACCAUGAGGUUGUCUGGACAUCCAAAGUCUACAUGCGAACUGUCUGCUCUGUGAAGUAUGAAUGGGUUAAGGAUCUGUUGCCACGGUUACAUGAGCUUGACGUGUAUGCCUUGAGUGGAUGUCUGGCACCCAAGAUUGCAGAAACAAUGGACAAAACUGAGAACGAUAAUACAGAACAAUCAGAUCGCACUUCCACCGAUGAAAAGUCUAAAGAAUUGCCGGAAGAGACAAGAGUAAAAAUCAGUAAGAGGAAUGACGACGAUUCUGUGGUGGAGGCAAGGAAACGUUAUCUGGAGCGCAAACGAGCAAAAGUCAGAUGACAGUAAUGAAAAGGUCGCCAUCUUGGGAGUUCUGGGCCUCAUGGGAAAUGCCUAUUGAAUUGACCAGCCGGGAACCAGCCACAUGCAAUAUAAAUCGUGUAUGAUUUUGUUUGGCUGGUAACCCGUUUUUGCUUCGCCAAUUUCUGCUAUGCUCAGCAUUGCCAUGAAAUUUGCACUUGGAUUUGGGUGUUGGAAUGUCGCUAGCAGUUUUCUUAUUGGACAUUCCAGCUGAACGAUGCAUGAUAUUUGUUCUCUGAUUAUUUGGUAUGAAAAAAAUGGGCAUUAACUUUCAACUUAUUUUAUAAUUAUAAUUAUGUAAUACCCUUCAGCAGGCAUGGUUUAAUCUAAGUGGGGUUUUUUUUUUGGGGGGGGGUGAUAUUGUUUGCUGGGGGAAGGUACUUUAAUAUGCAACAUUUGCUUUUGCUAUAAUUUUCAGAAAUGAAUGGAUUUGGGGUUUAGUUUUUCAUAGCAAAUACAGGGCGAGUCACCUUGUAUUGUUACACUGACCAGUUUAAAGUUUUGGUUCAUAGAUGUUGGUCAACUAAGAAACAAAAACAUUUCCUUUUCAUAUCAAAUAUUGUAACACGGACCUGUUUAAAAUUGUGUGUUCAUAAAUGCUGGAAAACCAAGAAAAAUGUUCUUUGUGUAGUCUGGUUCCCUUUGUACUCUACUUCAGAUGAAACAGAGCAAUUUAUGGGUGCAGACCAGUAAAUCGGUCCAAAAUUGUUUACGCCGGCCAAAUCACGAUUUGCAUGCCCUCAAAUUCUUCGGUAUUUUAGCAUAUUGUGGGCCAUGAACUUGAGGGUUUGUACAAAAUACGGGGGGAAGCCGUGCAGAGAACUUCAAGCUCGUUUUUCUGUGAAAUGUGGAUGAUGAUAAGGUCUGAAAAUGGCUCUAUUUUGCGAUGUAGCGUAGGCGUCCAUUUUCAAAAUGGCCAUGGGCUUCAGGACUGCCUUUAGGGGUGAUCAUCUUUGGAUGGAAUUUUCUCCCAAAAGUUAUUAGUUACACCCAGAAAAUUGAAGAGAAAAUGAAAGAUGAUGAAAUAAGCUUUAAUUUAAUGUACUGGUAUGUCUUGAACACCUCGGAGAGUUGUGAGUAUUUUUCCUGAAUUUCUGAAGUGGGCGGGGCAUUUACCGUUGGGGUCUAUGGAAACUUAUUUACUGGUCUGCAACCUUAUAGAUGUAGGGAAUUGUCAGGUCAGGGAACCAGACUAACUGACUUGCACCCAUUCCCGGAUGCGUAACCGAUUGCAAACAAAACAUGGACACUAAACUUGGUACAUUGGGGGCAGUA